CGCUCUAUCAACUAUUGAACUGUACUACUACUUGAACUUGCUCCUUUAUUGGAUAUUUCUUUUUGGCUCCUUGUUUGAUACAUGUCUCUUUUAUCUUGGUUGUUUCUUUGCUGCUUGUCUUCGACAGAGCAAUAACCAAUAGAAAGCUUUGUAAAUAAAGUAAAAUUUCAUUAAAUCAAAAUCCAGAGGAUGUAAUUGAUUUUUUUUUUUAAAUAGUAUCCUGAGAGUUGAAAUCCCCUAAUUGCUCAAGGGCUUACAACAUCUAAUAAAUCUAAAGCAAAAUGGUUUCUCCAAGAACACAGAUGAACUUACUUUUCUUUCCUCCUGUAAUUGCUCCCCCCCCCCUAUUAUUUUUUGUUUCUCCCCGUUUUAGCCUGCAGGCAGUUUGGGCUCAUCAAAUGGAAGGGGAAGAGUGGUUGUUGAACAGUGAACAGUGGGAAAUUCAGCAUUGUUGUUGGUAAUCUGGUUAUCUCCAAGUCAUCUAUCUGACUGAUCUAAUUUGAACUAUCUUUGGUUCCACACUUUGUACCUCCUUUUACCAAUCUCGUCUCCGUCAAAUGGGGGAGAAAAUAAAGAAAUAGAACUUGCUUCUUUGUCACUUCUUUCUUUGAUAGUGGAAAGGGAUAGGAACAUGGGAGUAAGUGCCCAUAGAUAGGGGAGCGGGAGGAAAGGAUUCAAAAACUUAAAAGACAACAUCCAGAUGAUAGACCAGCAUAUCCAUCUCAACCACGAAUGCGGGAUGAGAUCUUUCAGACAAAGAGACAGAAACCUAGCAGCAGACUUCCUCCAGGUUGGUUGGAUUGUCCUGCAUUUGGACAGGAGAUAGGUUGUAUUAUUCCUUCAAAGGUUCCAUUGGAUGAAACUUUCAACGAUUGUGUUCUUCCUGGCAAAAGAUACUCGUUUAGGCAAGUCCUCCACCAACAGAGAGUUUUAGGAAGAAAACUUGGUAUGGUGAUUGAUCUCACCAAUACAAGUCGAUACUAUUCAUUGUCAGAUUGGAGGAAAGAAGGCAUCAAGCAUGUAAAGAUUCAAUGCAGAGGCCGCGGUUCUGCACCUGACAAUGAGUCUGUAAAUUUAUUUGUCUCUGAGGUUUCACAAUUUCUUGCCCGUCAGAAACAUGCAAAGAAGUAUAUUCUUGUCCAUUGCACACAUGGGCAUAAUCGCACUGGGUUUAUGAUCAUUCAUUAUCUUAUGCGUACGCUGCCAAUAUCUGUCAGUCAGGCAAUUAAAGUUUUUUCUGAUGCUCGUCCUCCUGGGAUCUAUAAGCCAGACUAUAUCGAUGCCCUAUAUGCCUUCUAUCAUGAGAAAAAACCUGAAAUGGUUGUUUGUCCACCAACACCUGAGUGGAAAAAAUCUUCUGAGCUUGAUUUGAAUGGUGAUGCUAUGCCAGAUGACGAUGACGAUGGAGGUCCUGCAGCUCCUUUGACUGACAAUCUUGAAGCACAAGUAGUAACCUCAAAUGAUGACAUUUUGGGAGAUGCAAUCCCACAAGAUCAGCAAAAUCAUUUACGACAGUUCUGUUAUAAAGCACUGAAAAUGACCCCAGGGGGUAGAGGCCCGCAAUUUCCUGGCUCACAUCCAGUCUCUCUUGACAGGGAAAACUUGCAGUUAUUAAGGCAGCGUUACUACUAUGCCACUUGGAAGGCUGAUGGGACACGGUAUAUGAUGCUGAUCACGAUGGAUGGUUGUUUCUUAAUUGAUAGGCAUUUCAACUUCCGGAGGGUUCAGAUGAGAUUUCCUUGCAGACACACUAAUGAAGGUUUAGCCGAAAAGACCCACCACUUCACUUUACUUGAUGGAGAGAUGGUAAUUGAUACUUUGCCUGACACACAGAAGCAGGAAAGGAGAUACCUAAUUUAUGAUAUGAUGGCUUUGAACCAUGUGUCUGUAAUUGAGCGACCCUUUUAUGAACGGUGGAGAAUGAUUGACAAAGAAGUGAUUGGUCCAAGGAAUUAUGAACGUCAACAUAUAUACCAGAGUAGAAACCCUUACUAUAGAUAUGAGUUGGAGCCUUUCAGGGUGAGGAGGAAGGAUUUUUUUCUGCUCUCUACUGUCACAAAACUUCUCAAAGAAUUUAUCCCAAAGCUUUCACAUGAAGCUGAUGGUCUUAUUUUUCAGGGUUGGGAUGAUCCUUAUGUUCCUCGCACGCAUGAGGGUCUCUUGAAGUGGAAAUACCCUGAAAUGAACUCGGUCGACUUUCUGUUUGAGGUGGUCGACGAUCGUGAAUUGCUUUAUCUACAUGAACGAGGGAAGAAGAAACUAAUGGAGGGGAGUAGAGUUGUUUUCCCAGAUGGUUCUGAUCCAUCAGCUUACUCCGGUAAAAUAAUAGAGUGCUCUUUUGACACUGAUAACCAAAAAUGGAUAUGGAUGAGGACCAGAGUCGACAAAGGAACUCCGAAUGAUUACAACACGUACAGAAAGGUGAUGAGAAGUAUUACUGACAACAUCACUGAAGAAGUGUUGUUGAAUGAGAUUUAUGAGAUCAUUCGACUGCCAAUGUAUGCGGAUAGGAUACAGAGUGAUAGCAAAGCUCAUGUACGACGCAGAUGAAUGAAUUGGUGCUUAGCUGUGUUCAUGACAUGUAGAUCAAUAGAAGGAUAUUUACGAGCAGCCUUAGUCACUAGGCGUGUUUUGUGUACUAUACUGGGUUUGUUGUAUGGAUCCAGUUGGCACACUGUAAACUUAGUGGUCCAUGACUCGGGCCUUAUGUUUUUUCUUCGUUAGCGAUAAGGUUGUCUUGUAUAUUAGUUGUUUUAGUUCACUUAUUUUUUCCUGGUUACUGUUAAGUUGUCUAAGGUAGGUUUUACUCCAGUAGUAGUUUAAAACUUCAAGCUCUAUGUUAUCUAUUCCCUUGUGAAUAUAAGUUUGUUCUACUAGUAAUUUCUAGUUUAUCAUUUGCCUU